AUGAAUCCAACUAGUGUUCGUAAGGUAAUGCUGCUGGCAGCAGCCUCAAUUGGCAUAUUUCAAAAAAAUAUUGGAAUGGUGUAUGCUGAACAAGGGAUCAAAUCUUUGAUCAAUGGAGCAAUCGGAACUGUAUCAAGAUAUGCUUUUGAAGCCAAAAAGAUAGAAUACAAUAGCGAGAAGGAUUUCGACCCUGAAGGUGAAAUGGAAAAAACAAUAGAGCUAAAACCUGGUGAUUCGUUGAAGUAUUCAUGUGGGAAAACAGGCGCAUCCUCCAUGGGAGCUUUCAUGCUAGUACCAGCCAAUCCCAAGACCCAUAUACUAUCACCAAGGGGAAACGAUCCGAUAGAUGUUGCAUCAAAUCGUGUCCAAAUCAGCUAUAAUGUAUAUCGUUCGAAUCGCGACAUCGUUGUAAGUACAUUCCAGAAGUUGGGGCUAGAUCAUCUACUAAUCGAUUAUUCAGAGGAUACAGUACUCAUGGCAAGAGACCCGGAACAGUUUAGCAUCAACCUAUUGUGUACAUAUGUGCCAUCUGAUGUUAAGGCUAUGCCGAAGCAUAGGUGGUUGCAGAUCAAAUUCAAAAACGUAUUACCCAUGGCAUUCGGAUGUGGAAGCGCAGGGUUUAAUAUGUUCAAAAAUGCGACGCCGAUACCGCUCCUGGCGACAUAUGAUCAACUUAUCGAAGCUACGAAAUGUAAAGUAGAUGCCGAGCCUGGUAUGGUUGUUGGAAUAUAUUGUGCGAAAAGCGAUCACGUGUACCCUGAGGACUGCUUCAGGCAGGUUGAGGAAAAGGAGAAAGUAACGACGAUAAGUGGUCUCCGAGAUAUUAGUUUCCCAUACUAUAACUUAACCGGUAACAUCAGGGUAAUGAAAAUCGGGUCUAGCAUACAACAAUUCGAUAAAUCCUUUACGUGCCUAUGCAAGAAUGAACAGAACCAAACCACGGCGGUGUUGAAGGUACGAGUUAAAAAAACAGAGACUUGCGAUUACACCAAGACAUUGAAGGUUUAUGCACAAACACGUAAAUGGCCUAGGAAUGUAUGUUACAAGACCCUGGAACAGGGCAAGACGAUUAGGAUUAUCGUAGCAAAAUCGGAUGGAUUAGUUAACCGUAGCCUUGCCGUUGGAGGUUUAUUGAUUUACCCGGAAAACACUACCGCAUAUAACUAUAUGCCCAUGGAUAAGGUUACACGUCUCAAAGAAACAAAAAUUUCACAUGUUAUAGGAAGCACCGGGUUAUCAAUUAGUAAGCGUGAAGAGAAAAACAAUUACAUUUAUGACUUCACAAUAUCUAGUGACGCCGUUGUGGUACUUAAGCAGCCGAUUGCAAAUCUGACUUACGUCUACGAGUACUAUAGUAUGUUCAACGCUGUAUUGAAUAAAUACAAGACCCUAAUCUCUAUUGGCAUAGUACCUACAGACCCCUAUACCCACGGAUGUGGAGCUGGAGGUCCCGAUAUUUUCAAUCUGCAGGGAGUUAAUGUCGAGAAUGUCCAUAUCAAAAAGGGGCUCUCUUACUACACCCAAGUGAAGUGUACGCUAAAUGGUUGGAAGAGUUCACCGGUAGGAUUUUAUUGCCCCAAGGACCACGUGCUAGAACCCGAAGGUUGUUUCAACAGUGCAUUCUUGGCAUCAACUAAUCGUGCAGUCAGGUUAGAUUUCUACGCUCCACAAGCUCGAGUGCUCAAUUCGCCUAACCUACGCAUUGUAGACUUCACCAAGCCAAUGUUCAUGAAGUCACGCAUCAAGUACUCAAGUGAAUCGUUAGAAUGCAGGUGCAGACGCAAAGACGGAGCACUUAUGGCCAGUAUAACCGUUGACUUGCGUGACCCACGACAAAUUUAA